AUGGCUUCGCGUGCGUUCCGCCAGGCCCAUCCUCCGGUGCAAGACGAAGAAGCCGCAGCCGCAUCUGCCGCUGCAAAGCUUAAACAGAAUGAGCGCGAGCGCCUCGAGAUCGAGCGGCUAGAGGCGCGUAUUGCUGAGCAGACGCCUGCACGAGGCUCCCAGCUUGGUGAGGCCGCCAGUUUCGAUCUGUUUCCGCUAUCUGAGGCCUCACGUCGCGGUCUAAGAACCUGUGGCUUCACUGCUCCUACAAAAAUUCAAGUCGGAUCUCUACCUCACGCACUGGCGGGACGAGACGUGCUCGCAGCAGCUAAAACAGGCUCAGGAAAGACACUUGCAUUCUUGCUACCGGUACUGGAGAAGCUCUUCCGUCUCCGUUGGAGCGUGGAAGACGGACUUGGAGCACUCGUCAUCGCGCCUACACGAGAACUAGCGUUACAGAUCUUCGAAGUGCUGCGUAACGUGGGCAAGGCGCACGCGUUCUCGGCAGGUCUGGUCAUCGGUGGCAAGAACUUCCGCGAGGAACAGCUCCGUCUCAUCCGUAUGAACCUGCUGAUCUGUACGCCAGGUAGACUGCUACAGCACAUGGAACAGACGCCUGCCUUCGACGCUAGCAACCUACAGGUGCUGGUACUGGACGAAGCCGACAGAAUCCUGGAUCUAGGCUUCCAGAAACAGUUAACGUCUAUUCUAGAGCAUCUACCUCCCGCAGGAGAACGACAGACGAUGCUCUUCUCAGCUACACAGACUAAAUCUGUCAAGGAUCUGGCCGCGCUGAGUCUGCGCGAGCCAGAGUACGUUGCAGUGCACGAACACUCGGCCAACGCCACUCCUAAGGGCUUACAACAGAGCUACGUGGUAACGCCGCUGGAGCGCAAGCUGGACGUGCUGUUGUCCUUUAUCAAGUCGCAUCUUAAGCAGAAAACCAUCGUGUUCUUGUCCACAUGUCGUCAGGUGCGCUUCGUGCACAGCGUCUUCUGCAAGUUACAGCCGGGUAUCCCUCUCUGUGCGUUACACGGCAAGUACAAGCAAGGCAAGCGUGUGGAAGUGUACUAUGAAUUCUUGAACAAGCCAGCUGCCGUGCUUUUUGCGACAGAUAUUGCAGCUCGAGGUCUAGAUUUCCCUCAAGUCGACUGGGUAUUGCAGCUAGACUGCCCGGAAGACGCAGCCAACUACAUUCAUCGUGUCGGUCGUACAGCGCGAUACAAUAAACAGGGGAAAGCUCUGAUGUGCCUUGUGCCGUCCGAGGUGGACGGCAUGAUGAAGCGUCUAGAGGACGCCAAGGUGCCGAUCCGGGAGACGAAGCUCAACCCAACAAAGACCUCGAGUUGUCGUCAAAAAGUGGCGUCUGUCGUGGCAGGAGAUAAGGAGAUUAAGGCGCUGGCACAGAAGGCGUUCAUGUCUUAUGUGCGUUCGGUGUACUUGCAGCCAGAUCGUGAGGUGUUCGACGCUACAGCUCUGCCUCUAGACGCAUACGCUGAGUCUCUGGGUCUUCCAGGUGCUCCACGGAUGCCGUUCCUGUCCAAGAUGAAAGCUGAGCAUGAGCAAGGAGGCAAUGAAGCUUUACGAGAAAAUUAA